AUGCGUCUAAAGGGCGCUGCCAAAGCUGCAAAGGAAGCCAAGGAGGCUGAAGAUGGAGAUGAAGACAAGGAAACCAAGGCUUCUGCUGCUGGUAAGAAGCGCGGGGUCAGUGAUGCUGAUUCGGCUGCUGAGAAGGAGGAGCCGGCAAAGAAGAAGCGUGGGCCUGGUCGCCCAAAGAAUGGUGCCGCCGCCGAUGCCGAUGCGACCGCUGAACCUCAGGCCAAGAAGCGUGGCCGUGCCGCCAAGAAGACUGCUCAGGAGCCCGAGCCCGACAACGAUUCGGAAAUGCCUGAUGCUGGGGAUGCUAAGCCUGCCGAGAAAAAGACGACUGCUCGAUCCAAGGCAACCCCAUCCGCCAAAUCCAAGGGUGAUACCAAGACCAAGCCCGCUGAUGAUGGCUCUUCCAAGGGAGGCAAGAAGGCUUCUUCGGAGAAUGCAAAUGUUGGUCGCCCUCGCGGUGGAAAGAAAGCUGCCACCAAGGCUUCUGAAGAAGUUGUGAAGGGCGAUGACCAGGAGGAAGGUGCCGAACCUGCUGAUAAGCCUAAGCCCAAGAAGCGUGCUCAGCAGCAGGCUAAAGGCAAGGCAGCUGAAGAGUCUGCCCAGGAGGAGAACGAUGCUCAGGAGAAGGAGGCCCCUGCUGCCAAGCCGAAGGCAAAGCGCGGCCGACCUGCUGCCAGCAAGGAUAUCAAGGACGCUGCAUCCGACUACAAUGACCAGGAGGAGAAUGAUUCGCAGGAGAAGGAGGCACCUGCUGCCAAGCCAAAGGCAAAGCGCGGUCGUUCCGCUGCUAGCAAGGAUAUCAAAGAAGUUGUACCCGACAACAAUGACCAGGAGAACGAUGCGCAGGACGAGGAGCCUGUUAUCAAGCCAAAGGCAAAGCGUGGUCGAUCUGCUGCUAGCAAUGGCACCAAGGAGGCUGAUUCGGAGAAGAGCCUCCAGGAGGAACGCGAUAAGUCAACCUCGAGCAAGCCAAAGCCCAAGAGCAACGACAACGGCCGCAAGGAGGCUACCUCGAAGGAUUCCGCUGAGUCUGUCGCUCCAGCUGCCGAAACCCCCAUUUUGGCCGAUGGCGCCGAUGCAAACAAGACUGCCGACAAGCCUACCGAGGACACUGUUGAUGAACAGGAGCCUGCUGACAAGCCCGCCGAGGAAAUUACUGAUGCACAGGGGUCUGCCGAUAACACCAAGAACGACGUUAUUGCUGACAACGACGCUCCUCAAGCCAACUAA